GUAGGAAGCGUUGUGUGUCUUUCUAUGUUUGAAUGUGCGUUGCCAACCGUUUCUACAGAAAAUAGCGCGCCAAGCCCGGACGCAGAGCGAGCGUUUGCAUCACCAGUUGACAUAUAAUAAUUAGUUUCCCAGUGAUCCACACAGCUCGGUAACUAUACGCUCAUUAAAAGGAGCAGGCGCCGUGUCGCGCGAGCCAGUUUCGACACCGCCGAUUAACGCUUCCGGCAACAGAGUUGAAGAGCCUCCCUCGCACAGCCUCGCUCCCUUAAACAGCGCUGAGAAUGGCGUGUAUGGCGCGCCGGGCAUGCGCAGGCGCGUCGCCUCGCACAGUGGCGCCGUCGCCUGCGGGCAGCAGCGUUGGCUCUGGAGCACUCUGGCCGGCCUGCGCCACGCGGCGGACAACGCCCACAACACGUGCAGCGCUGGCGACAUCGCCGCACCAAUGCAGCGCGCUUGGGCCGCCGGUGCCCCGGACGGCGCUGCCGGCUGCGCCGCUGCUUCCCCAGCGCCUCACCCCAGCGGCUCCUAGCUUCCGCCGCCCCGCGCCGCAACGGUCCGUUGCCUCAGCAGCGGUCGCGGCAAGCGCGGCCGCGGGCUCUUCGUGUGCUUCAUGCGCUCAGCCCGCCGCCGCUGCGGCAGCGGCGGCGACAGCCGCCGCCACGACUUCCGGCGGCGGUUUAAUGGACAUGUUUGCGGUACUGCUGGGCUAUGGCUGCCUGGUGGGGAGCUGCUUCCGCAGUGUGCCGCAGAUUGCGAUCAUCCUCAAGUCGGGCAGCGCGGAGGGCCUGUCGCUCACAAGUAACCUUGUGGAGCUGCUUUGCUUCACGGUCACUGUCGCCUACAACAUGCAGCAGGGCUAUGCGUUCAACACGUACGGCGAGGUGUUCGCCUGCUGGAUCCAGGACGUCAUCAUCGUGGGCCUCAUUUUCAAGCACAUGCAUCUCAGCCUGCCUGCGAUCGCGGCCUCCACGGCGGCUUUCGCGGCGGCGUGCGCGUGGCUGUUCAGCGCAAUGUGCCCUAUCCACGUGCUGUCGGCUCUGCAAGUGAGCACGGUGGCGGUGAUGGCCAUUGGCGCGAGGCUGCCGCAGAUCUGGCUCAACGUGCGCCGCGGCGACGCAGGAGUGCUGUCGGUGGCAACGUGCAUGCUCAACGUGGCGGGCUGUGUGGUCCGCAUCUUCACCACAGUGGUGCUCACGGGAGACGUCAUCAUCCUGGGCGGCUGCGUGACGCAACUCAUCCUGAACGCCAUCCUGCUCUACCAGGCCGCCAUGACCCACUACAAGAAGCAGGCGGCGGCGGCGGCGGCAGGUGGUGGUGAUGCAGGCGGGGCAGCGGCUGCGCUGGCCGCGACGGACCCGCCGGCGGGCGGCGCGGGUGCGGCGCGCGGCGGCUUGGCGUCGGGCGAGGGCAAGAGCGGGUUGCGGGAUGGCGAGGAGGGCAGCGGCGGUGCAGGGCGGUCGCCGGUGCCUGCGCCGGCGUAAGGGACGCCGUGUCCCAAGCGUUGCGUGGCCGUGUGAGUUGCCAGGGGUGUGCUCCGCAGGUGCUGCUGGUGUGGUCGUGUCGCAGGAGGGUGUUGAAGUUAGACAUUACGGUGUGUGUGAGGUAGGGGUUAGUGAUGAUGUAACUUACUGGACGCAUCAUGUUGGGCACCAAGUGGGCGUGAAAGGCAUUACGGUGCGUCGCUGACCGCACAAUACAGGUGCUUGAACUGCAUGAGAGAGGGAUGGAGUUAGGAGCUUACAGAAUUUUGGCGCUGUCCGCUCAGGUGUUUUUGGUGAAGCUGAGCCCCCCCAGCGAAGCGUUCCAGGGGGGGGCGAAGCCCCCCAGGAACACCCCUGUCCGUGGCUGCGUGGCUGCGUGGCUGGUGCGUCGGCAAAACAUAGCAUACUGGCACAAACUGCGACUGCUACGUAUUAGUAUUUGUUAAUGCCUAUUGCAUGUAAAUAGGUGGCAGGGAAAAUUCGGGCGGAGCGAGAAGUGCCUUCGCACGUCCAUGGACAAUUGACUUUCGCGAGGUUGCCCGAAAAGCAAGCCAUGGCUUUGCGCAGUAUGACUUCUGUACGUCGUAAAUGUGCUUCAAAGACACAGCAGACGGCGAGCCGUCAUAAAGAGUGGGAUUGCAAUUGCUGAACCGCGACGUCUCCGCCGCCAACGUGAUCCGUGUGCUCCUCCUGCUGAAGCUGAUGGGCUUCGAGCGGCCGACCAAGCUGCAGCGGCCGCCAUGGCCGCCGGCGGCGGCGGGGCCGGGCUGAGAGCCUGAACGGCGCUAGCAGGGCGUGGGGCUGAGGGUGCACGUGUCGAUUGGCGGCGAGUGACGUGACUAGUUUGUUAGCUGCGGGUUAGCACGGACUGUGCACCCCACCCAACCGGCCAUGUCCGGAUUUGCGGGGAUGCCAAAGGCCCCCAACAUAGAGGCGUGUGCUUAGUAGGCGCCCGCGUCAAGGUGGCGGGGUUGAUAACGACCCGGGAUCAGCCCUUUUCCUGCCAUAAGGCAGCCACCUCCUUGUUGGUGAAGCAUGGACUAUGACGUUAUAUACGGGUGGAAUGAUCAGGGAUUGCGAGAUUACCGUAUUACAUCAGAUAGACAGAGGCGCAUUCGGCGCGGAGCCCCGGAGGCCAAUGCGGAUGCAACGGACUGAGACUUGGUGGUUUCGCUUCCCGGACAAAGGGCGGCACCAAAGUGGAGCCAACAACACACGGCACCAGAGAGGCACUGCGAGCAUGCCUGGGUUUGAGAGCAAUGUCUGGUGAAGAUAUGUGCACGGAGGAAAAGGGAACACCGUGCGCACACUGCGAGUGGGGCGGGCGUGGGCCGGGAAGGUGGUGUGUUGGUGGCGGUUACCGUGCGGGGUAAGUCGGGAUUUUUGGGGAAAUAAUUAAUUACAUGCGGGGUGAUCUCUUGCUGGUACGGUAUGGUGAUGUGCCUCAGGCGCUUCUGCUUGGGGCCUGGGAGGGAGGUGCGGUGGCCGCUGCUGCACGGUCUGUGGCUGAAUGGCUGUCUGACUGGAUAACGGGCCCGUGGGAGUGUGGGGCCCGCCAAUCCUGUGGCCGGUCUCAGCUUUUUGGGCUGAGCCCCCCGAGCGAAGCGAUCCAGGGGGGGGGCGAAGCCCCCCAGGAUUGCCCCUGUCCGUGCCUGCCUGCGUGCCUGCCUGCGUCGACAAAAAGUGCCAAACUGGCACAAACCGCGAGCGCCACGUAUUAUAAAUUGCUAUUCCCUA